AUGACCGAAAUAGACCCGCUGGCGGAGUUUCUGCUGCCCGAAGAGGUUCCCGAUCAGCAAAUGAUGCAGAACGACCCGUUGAUCAGCGGCGGACUCAUUCCCAUCGACUCACCCAGCAGAAAACUCACGUACUUGCUCAACUUUGAAUUGAAUCUUCAAAAACGUUAAAACUUGCAGAUCCCUCCUAACCUACGAUCCGACGAUUCCCGAGUCGCCGGACAUGAAGUUCGCGCGAAAACGGCUCGGGAACCUGCUGACGACGAUAAAGCAGCAUCCGUCGGAGAUAAUCGGAGUGCUUCCCGAGGAUUACACGUUAGUUUCAAGAAAAUUCGGCGUUUUUCCCCACUGAAGACGCCCGAAUUCCCUCGAUUUCCGCAAAAUCCAGAAUGAUUUCAGAAGAGGCGACGACUCCCUGGAUGGCCGUGCGAAUCGUCCGCCGGGUCGCCCACGCAAAAUAAUGCGGCACGAUUCGAGCACUUCGCUCAUCGAUUCGCCGCGCAAAACGAUGACGCGCGACUCGAAAAUCUCGUUUGAACUGCGCGGAAAGCCGUUCGAAAUGGUCGCCGGACGCUACGAACAAGAGUAUUCUCUCGGCAGGGCCUGGGUCAAGGGGUACAUGCAGCCGGACCACGAGCCAAUCCGGCCCUCUCGCACCGAAUUCGCCCCCAAUCUCUCCAUCGUGAGUGCUCUUUUCACGGCCUGGGCCUGGACUUUUGAUCCACUUGCAAUAUUGCAAUGGACUUAGAUUCAAGUGUAUUGGUUCCAAGUUUCAGACCGAUCCGAUUAGCUGCUCUUUUCAAUUUUUGCUAAAAUCCUGCCUUUUCUGUCUGAAACCAGUAAAUCUCAGGACCAAACUUGAGACCAAAAGCCUGGGCGCCGGCCCUUUGUCCAGCCCUUAUGCCCACAUACACCAUCUUCUCUACUGUAACCGAUUGCAGGACUAUCUCUCGUGCCGUGAAAUCUACCGUAUGCCGCGAGCGGACGUCAAUGCUCCGCAACUGCCCGUGUGUCCCGAACAAACGGACCGAAUCGACACGACAGUCAAUCCGGACUACUUUCUCGACCUCAAAAACGAGUAUUUGCGGCACUGGAGAGCCGUCAAGAAAGGGUACGUGAAGGGACCGUCGACCGAGUUUUCGCAUUUUCUGAUUGUAGAAUUGAGUGAAAACUGAAAAGAAAUCGCACAGUUCAAAUAUGAGAAGACGAAUAACAUUUUGCAGGUGGUGUGCUCAUCAACGCCGCCGAACGGCUCCGUACGCGAGAAGUAUCGAAAUGCUGGAGAAGGUGUACGUGCCGCCGGACAUGAAGGCCGAACAUUCCGCAUUUUAA